GAGAGAAGCCCAGGGUACCACUAAUUGAGGGAGUGAGGAGAGAGCAGCUCGCUUGCUUCGAACUGGACUGCAGGGUGUGACCUUGUCCUGAGCUGGUGAGAGACGCCUUCUGUGACUUUCAGUCAGAUCWGCCACCAGAUCCCAGCAAACAUGACCCUCGCAGCCUACAAGGAGAAGAUGAAGGAGCUCCCACUGGUGUCCCUGUUCUKCUCCUGCUUCCUGGCUGACCCUCUGAAUAAGUCAUCUUACAAAUAUGAAGGCUGGUGUGGGAGACAGUGUAGGAGGAAAGGUCAAAGCCAGCGGAAAGACAGUGCUGACUGGACAGAAAGAAGAGAACAGGCGGACACAGUGGACCUGAACUGGUGCGUCAUCUCGGACAUGGAAGUCAUCGAACUCAACAAAUGCACCUCGGGCCAGUCCUUCGAAGUCAUCCUGAAGCCACCUUCCUUUGACGGGGUGCCCGAGUUCAAUGCCUCCCUUCCCCGGCGGCGAGACCCAUCCCUGGAAGAGAUCCAGAAGAAACUAGAGGCGGCCGAGGAGCGAAGGAAGUACCAGGAGGCUGAGCUCCUGAAGCACCUAGCAGAGAAACGAGAGCAUGAGCGAGAGGUGAUUCAAAAAGCCAUUGAGGAAAACAACAACUUCAUCAAGAUGGCUAAGGAAAAACUGGCCCAGAAGAUGGAAUCCAAUAAGGAGAACCGGGAGGCCCACCUUGCCACCAUGUUGGAAUGGCUGCAAGAGAAGGAGCCGCCUGCUGCGCGGUGACUCCCGGGACCCGAUCGGUGGCCUCGUCCCAUGGACAAGCACGCGGAGGAGGUGCGGAAAAACAAGGAGCUGAAGGAAGAGGCCUCCAGGUAAAGCCCAGAGGCCAACGCAGUUUCCAGGACAGCCGGACAGUCCGCAGCUCGUGGUCCCCGCAGCCUCGCCCGCCGGCUGCUCUCCCAGCGCUGGGGUUUGGGGGGAGGGGGGUGGCCCAGGGGCGUUUCCUCUGCUUUUGGUGUUUGUACAUGUAAAGAAUUGACCAGUGAAGCCAUCCUAUUUGUUUCUGGGGAACAAUGAUGGGGUGGGAGAGGGGAGAGAAGGAGAGUUUGGGAAAGGAGAAGAAGUCACGGACAUGGCAACGCUACCCACUGCAGACUCAGCCGACCAAGGCCUGCGGAUUUUCACAGCUCUGCCUGGAAGAGCAGCCUCCAGGCACCGUGCUGAGGGAGGAUGAGAACCCGGGGCAGUGGAAGUUCA